CACAAAUCUAUGAUAAAUGAAUAUUUCACACUCGCUAAAUAUAGUAUUUUUCACGAGUAUCCAUUACGGUAGAAUGACAGCUGAUUUUUCAGUGUUAUUUCAAAAAUCCCCAUAUCGACAAAUGACACAUCAUCCGACGGAUCCGUCUAGGCCAGGUGUAAGUUAGCUUCCCUAUUCCGACUGAUCGACCUGCUAGGCUGGGCUCACGGUCCUGGAACUUUGAUCACGGCCCGUCUUAACCAGGACGAGGAACAGUUCCUGGUCAAUCCGUACGGUGUACUAUUCCACGAGGUCACAGCUAGCGGUUUGGUGAAAGUGGACGCUAGAGGGCAGGUUAUUGAGCAGGGCACCACCAAUUUUCCGGUGAACGUGUCGGCGUUUUCUUUGCACUCGGCCGUCCACUGUGCCCGUCCGGAUAUCCGGUGCGUCAUCCAUGUCCGAACGCCGGCUGUUGUUGCCGUCUCGGCGCUCAAACAAGGACUGAUUCCGCUCAGCCAAGAAGCCGUCGUUAUUGGUGACGUGAGCACUCACACCUACCUCGGCGGUCCCCUGGACUCCGAAGAGCGCGACAAGCUCGCCCGCAACUUGGGUCCUAACAACAAAGUACUACUUUUGACCAACCAAGGAGCACUUUGCUGUGGCGCUACCGUCGAGGAAGCAUUCUUCAAUGCUAGGAAUGCAGUUUUAGCAUCGGAGACACAGCUCAAAUUGUUGCCUAUCGGAUUGGACAACGUUGUGGUAAUAGAUGAUGAAAUCAGGAAAAAGAUGUACGAGCAGGCGCAUAACCCGCCAGAAAGCACACCUAGACCGGAUCAGCCGUCGAUCCUGGAGAGCAAAGUGGAACGCAAAUGGCGCGUCGGAGGCGUAGAGUUCGAAUCCCUGAUGCGAAUGUUGGACAACGCCGGCUUCCGCACCGGUUACAUCUACAGACAGCCGUUGAUAAAGCACGACCCGCCUAAGCCGAAGAACGACGUAGAAGUACCCCCGGCAGUUUCCUCACUCGGAUAUCUGUUGGAGGAGGAAGAGUUGUAUAGGCAAGGAUUGUGGAGAAAGUUAGAAGGAGGCAGAAAAGGUCACGAUCGUAGCAGAUGGCUCAACUCACCAAAUACGUAUCAGAAAGUUGAGAUUCUUGAGACUGGUACACCGGAUCCGAAGAAAAUCACAAAGUGGGUUGCCGAGGGAUCUCCCAGCCAUUCUAGUACCCCAGUAAAAAUUGAGUCCGCCCUACAAUUCGUUCCUAAAGGCACCAAUCCCAGGGAGUUCAAAGCGAAACAACAACAGAUUAAAGACUACCGAAGAGCGGACAAAAUAAGCGCCGGUCCCCAAUCGCACAUCUUGGAAGGCGUAACGUGGGAGGAAGCAAGGAAGAUGCAGGACGCUGCGGCUUCGCAAACGGGUGACCACGUGGUGUUGAUGGGUGCAGCUUCGAAAGGAAUCAUCCAACGUGGGCACCAACACAACGCAGCCGUUUAUAAGGCCCCUUAUGCCAAAAAUCCAUUCGAUUGCAUCACCGAUGAGGAGUUGGACGAAUACAAAAAGGUGGUGGAGAAGAAGACGAGAGGAGAAUACGAUACCGAUUAUAGCGAAUCAGAAGGCUUAUCUUCAGCUGCCAUCAGUAAACGAAUUGAUGGAUUACACAUUAGGUCACCAACUUCAGUAACUAGUGAAACUGAAGAAGAAAGUAGGGAUGAACCACAAAUUCUCCGAAUAGAAACAAAAACUGCCCCAAGACCAAGCCAGCCUGAAGUAGUUCUUAGUGAUGUUGAAGCUUCACCAGUAGAAAACUUCCUUAAGGCUGAACGUGUAUCGAUGAAUAGCUACAGAAGUGAAAAUACUGUUAAUGGAGACCACUCCGAUGCCCAUAUUAGCACACUAUCCCAGAGUAGUAAAGAGGAUCACUCUGUCUCUGAAGGAUCUCCAAAGAAGGAUAAGAAGAAGAAGAAAGGGUUAAGGACACCGUCGUUCCUUAAGAAGAAGAAAGAGAAGAAAAUACGGGAAGCAUAAGUACUGCCUCAAUCACACGAAAACCAAUAUAAGCUAAAAAAAAAUCCGCCUGUUUGAGACUGCCAGCGACUCGUUUUAGUUUAGCAAAUUCAUUGGGCGCAUCGGCUACGAUUUUGCACUAAUGUGACAGUGGACUCAAUGGUCUAAUAAACAUAGAGUAUAUUUUAGCUUUAUUUGUACAGAGAUAAGAAGAUUUUAUUAUUAUGAUUUAAUUCUUGAAAGUGUGAGACAUAGUGGUGAAUUAACAAUAUAUUAUCGACAAAUACAAAAUAAACAAUUCAAAUUGUUGAAAAUCUAUAUUUAAUUUUUUAUCCAUAAAAUCACAUUUAGACUGACAUCACUUCCGUAAGUUUGUAUUUUGAAUUGUUUAUUUGGUGCAAUGAAAUGCUAUGUUAUUUAUGUAAAUUUUUUAAGCUAUUGCUUUACAUUUGCGGUUAAUUAUUUGAAUGUGCAAAUACAAAAGUUUUUAAUCUACCCUGUAAGGCCAUCUUUUUAUUUUUAGUAUUAAUUUUUCGAUCAUGGGGGUGGGAGCACAUAAACACAUCUCUAUCAUUUUUUACAUUUAAACAUAUAGAUAUUUGAUAGUUUGCACAAAUUUAUUCUUUUUAUAAAUAUGUUUUCUUAAUAUUUAAGAAAUAAACAGCUUUUUUCUGCUAUGUAGUUGUAGUUUUUUCUUUAUUUUUUCAGAGUCGAUACAUGAAUGGGAUCGAUAUAGUUACAUAAACGCUAUUUACUACUUUCUGACCAAAAUGUCCGUAAACUGUUGCAAUUAAAAGAUAGAGAAUAGAACUUCCAAAGCUUACGGAACACAGCGAGGACUCGGUGGUAUAGUUCACGAUAAACUUAUAGUGGCUGUUUACAUUUUUAUCGACGAUCGUUAAAAAAUCGGCUUCUCUUGCGCAUCGUCCGGACGCACCAGGUAGCUUAUGUAGGUGCGGGGCGCGGGAAGGAGGGGAGUUAGCGGCUUCGAGUCGUUUAGUUAUAGCACAGUCAAAUUAUGUGAAAUUGUUGCUAUGCCCGUAACAAUACGAUAUACUUUAGAUUCGCUACAUUAAACUCAAUUAUAUGGAACUAUUGGUGCUUCUUACGUACUUACUAUACAGAUUAACCAGCUUGUAUCAUUAUUUAAGCAUGUAUCAUAUAAUACACAUACUAUACGCGUGUUAGUACCAGAAAGAAGCAGAAAAAUGUAAACAGAGACUAUAAGUUUGUCGUGAACUAUAUCACCCAGCUCUUCAUCAGUUCCUCAUUCGUCUCAAGCCAGCCAUACACAUUAGGAUCCACUUAAUUUGCUUGCCUGAACGGUUCAACCGUACCGGUAAAUAGGAGCGGCUAUGUGGCAUUACAAAGCAGAUUUGCAUUCCUGUAUAGGUUACCAAAAAGACCCGAAUCGCCUAAGAAUCUGGAUGGGCCUGGAUUUGCAUGAUUUUGUGUACAAUUUUGGAGAUUUUCAGGAUUUGCCUAUUGAGAAAAUUUGCUACUGCUCGCUCUACAAACAGUUUUUUGAGCCACUUCUGCAAAAAGUUUGGGGGGCAGAUACACUUUCACAAAAUCUGUCCUUUGCUUAUGAUCCACCUCCAUUUGAUAAAACUUCAUGCAGGCCCCCAUGCGAAUUUUUAACAUUCUUAAUUACUUCCCUUGGAUAUUAACCUGUGAAGUUUAGAUUAGUGCACUCAAAAUGAGCAUGUAUGCGCUCAACCUGUCACUUGUUACAGAAGGCAGUUGUCCGAUGACUUUGCUCCAAUGUACAAUUUAAUCGACAGUUUGCCCAGAUUUAUCCAUUGAUAUAGAAUCUCGAUAUAAAAAAAAGAAAAAACACCGAUGUUUUUUUGAGUCUUAUCUUAAUGAAAAACAAAUUAUCAUAAUUAUUUUUUUAUACCGAGCAGCCGCGCAGUCAGAAGCCUAAAUACCAGGGCACCGCGGCUGCUAUGACGACAUUGCAUUUGAAUUGUUUGAGGUUAGUAGAACUGGGAAAAGCCUCGUUAGGUAGAUUGUUCCACAAUUUCGAUAUCCUAGGGACAAAGGAGUGGUGGUAUCGGCCCGUUCUGGAGGUACGAAGUCAACACGGUUAGGAUGGGAGGCCAAAGUCAGGCGGGGUCAGUCUGGCAUAUAUAUAUAUAUAUAUAUAUAUAUAUAUAUAUAUAUAUAUAUAUAUAUAUAUACAAAGAGAAUAUGAUCAUGCGGAGAAAGGUAUAUAACAACAAGUAGGAAAAUAAUG